AUGUUCACCAACAACGAUGCUGAGGCAGGCGCUAUGUCAGCUCCAACCAGUCGGACAGACCCCUUGGCCACAACCAAAGUCAAUUGUCCUCAUAAGAGGCGCCGUUCACGGGAACUACCACAAUCAGAGCGACCUGCUCUCCGCCCUCGCGCCGAUUCAUCAAACGGACAAACCUCUCUAGCACCGAAGCGAGACGAAAAGCGAUGCUUGAACGAUAACGCCGACAAACCACAGGAUGGCAUAACACUGAUACCAUUGUACCCAGACGAGAUCAACUACGCGUAG